CAUUAAAGCACUACCUCAAAAUGUGCUGUGGACUUUGUUCCAGUUUUGGUUCAUGUGUGAGGUACAGUGCUCUCCUUACUCUGAUAAUAGCAAUCCUUUAUGGCGGGAUACGUCUGAGGCUGAACAGCAAAGAGUUCAUUUUUGAUGAGAAAGAGGUUUCAGCCAUCACAAAAGCUGCUCUAGCAAGCACCAGAGGUCAGCCUGUCAAGGAAACACUCUCUCUCAUUGAGAAACGACUGAGGGAGAAGCAUGGUGAUCACAUCUUGCCUAAGGAGCAUCAGAAAUGGAUAUUUGUUAAUUGUGGUGGGUGGAUGGGAGCAAUGUACAUACUCCAUGCUUCAAUGACAGAGUACGUCAUGUUCUUUGGUACUGGGAUUGACACAUCUGGACACUCAGGUCGAUAUUUAGCUGAGAUUACUGAUACACUGGUUUCUGGUACCAUGAGACAAUGGAAGGAAGGUGGUAUGGUGGUAAAGGAGUACGGGAUUGGUGAUUAUGUACACCAUGCUCCUGGUGAGGUGACCGGUGUCCAGUGGACCAGUGGUACAAUAAUGGUGGAGUAUGGACGAGGAGUGAUACCUUCUACUCUGCUUUUUGCUCUGGCCGAUACUGUGUUUGGUACUACAGACUUUGUUGUUUUCUAUGAAACUAUUAAGAUAUAUGCUAUAUCAUUGGGUAGAGAGCUACUCCAGGGAAAUUUUUAAUUAUUUAUUUAGAUAGAUGAGUAGUUCAUUAUUUUUGGCUGUAUAUUUGACUCAAAUUUUGUCCUAAAAGUCAUAUUUUUUCUAUUUAUUUCA